AUGCGUUUCGUUCCGUUAAUCUUGAUAUUGAUUUUUAUUUUCAUCUCAGAAGUUAUAGCAACCAGCUCAGAAUUCGAAGAAAUUCGAUUGGGAAAAUAUGAGCCGCGAAUAAGCGCUCAAGAAUUGCUCGAUCGGAUUUUCGAGUGUAUCAAAAAACAAAUGUGCUAUGAUAUUUUAGUCGAAUGCGCUUGGAAUUUAUCAUAUUAUGAUUGUGAAGGAAAUAUGCUUGAUUCUUAUACUUUGGUGAAUUAUUACCUCAGCAAACAUCCGAUUUAUAAUGUGAAACCAAAGAUUCUCGAAUUUUCUAUGAAAGAAGACGGAUUCGAUGAUUAUAAAGUUGAACUUGUUGUCAGAUAUUUCACCAAACUUUGGAGAAUUAAUUUGCGAUAUAAAAUAUUUACACUUCGUCGGAAAGUAACAAUUUUAAGUUGGGAAUGUUUGUCCAAAUUUGUUCCGAAAACACCGAGUUAUUCUAAUGAAUACGAAGCAAUUGAUAAUUAUUUCACUGGUUUUUGGGAGCCAACAAAAACCUUCAAAUAUCAAACAUGUUAUGGUGAACAAUUAUCGAAUCUUGAUGAUAUUUCAUUGAGAAUUUUUCGCCAAAAUCUUCAGAAAUCAUACAAAAUAAUAAAUGUGAUUUCGGGUCUUCGAGAGAAAAUUGGAUUUUUUGGUUAUUUUUUUGGUAGACGUGAUUCAUUUGUACAAUGUGAGAUAAUUGCAAACUCACAGAAACAUUAUUUGGAAUUUGAUUCAGAAUGGACAUUGGCAAAAGGAUUGGAAGGAGAUUGUUUAUGGGUUUAUGAAUAUGACAGAGAAAGAAAACAAAGAAUAAAUGCUCUGGGUUUUAACAUUACACGUGUUAAUGCAACAUUUUCAAGUUAUUCAUAA